AUGUCUCUUCCUACCAGAACCCUCGGCAGAAAUGGCCCCAAAGUCACCGGCGUUGGUCUCGGACUGAUGAGCAUUGGCGGUGUCUACGGUCCUAAAGGCACUGACGAAGAACGUUUCGCCUUGCUCGACAAGGCCCAUGAAAUUGGCGAGCACUUCUGGGACACAGCAGAUCUGUACUCUGACAGCGAAGAGCUUAUCGGUAAAUGGAUUCGCAAGAAUCCUGCCAAGGCCAAAGACAUCUUCUUAGCGACGAAGUUUGCUAUCACAAUGGGCGCUGACGGCUCUAUAAACCUGGAUUCCAGUCCCGAGUAUGUCAAGGCUGCGUGCCAAAGAAGUCUCGACAAGCUGGGCGUUGAGACAAUUGACCUGUAUUAUUGUCACCGGGUUGAUGGGAAGACACCCAUUGAGAAGACUAUUGAAGCGAUGGUAGAAUUGAAGAAGGAGGGAAAAAUUUGCUACCUCGGCAUCAGCGAAGUCAGUGCUGAUACCCUUCGACGAGCACACGCAGUGCAUCCCAUCUCCGCCCUGCAAGUCGAAUACAGUGCCUUCGCUCUGGACAUUGAAGAUCCCAAGAUCGACUUGCUCCGAACAUGCCGGGAGCUGGGGAUUGCAGUCGUUGCAUACAGCCCCAUCGGCCGCGGAAUUCUGACAGGACGGUACAAGUCCCACGAGGAUCUCGGUCAUGAGCCGUUUCUCGCUGCCUUGCCGCGAUACUUUCCAGAAAACUUCCCGAAAAUCUUGGAUCUGAUUGAAACCUUCAAGACAGUUGCAACACGCAAGGGAUGCACACCUGUGCAGCUGGCCAUUGCGUGGUUGAUGGCUCGCGGGGACAAUAUCAUUCCGAUUCCUGGGACAAGGAGUACCAAGUACCUUGCGGAGAAUGUGGGCGCUAUUCAUGUCAAGAUCACGGACGAAGAACAGGAGCAGAUUAACGAAGUUGUUCAGAAUAGCGUCCUGCAGGGUGAUCGUUAUCCUCAGGGUGUGCCGACGAGUUUCGCCCUGGGCGAUACACCACCUCUAUGA